CUCGAGGCUUGAAGGCUGUAGGACACGCUUGGGAGUCAGAAUGAGAUUCCUUCCCUUGAUUAUUUUUUCGAGGAUGCGGGAAGAUAGGCCAGCGAGCCUGGAUCCCUCACUUCUUCAUCAUUACUUUGUCUUUUCAAAUCUUUGAGCUAUGUUGUCGCGAAACCCGGUUCACUUUGAGAAUCAACGUCUCGAAGGAAUCGAGAGUCUGACUCGAGGACGAAGAACAGCUGUCAUGGACUGACUGACAGACGCCGCCAAUGAAUCGCCCAAAUUAGCAUCCUUGACUAUGUCGCUGCAUUAUCGCAUGAAGCGCGCACAAAGCCGCCUUGUUGAUUGUCCCAUCAUCCCGACUUUGGCACGCUUUAUCUGAGCCGAGACUUGCCAUUGAUGCAGCCAUUCUCCAUGCUCACAUGGCACUCUCGCACAAAGGUGGCCGCCCUUUUGCGGUUUCAGAUAAUGGCGUCGGCCUUCGGUAUGAAAACAAGUCUCUCUGUAACGGGCUGGGGUAAAACCCACUUUUUGGCACUGCUGCUUUUGUCAAUCCCAACUCGUACUUGAGAUACUCGUACCUGAUCAUGCUGUUGUCUUACAUUUACACCGUUGCCAAUUAUAGCUUGAUAGACCGUCUUUGUCCUGGGAUUCUGGGCUGAGGGCAACAAGCUAGGAAAAGAUGUAAACUCGUAGCAUUUAAGCCAUCUGAUUCCAGCAGGCCUCGAAUCCAUUUGCAGCCCUCAAAAUGAGCGACGACGACGACAGUUCUUACCCUCGACCUGCGUGGGACGAGCAAAGUUUCGGGCCAAAGCUCGAUUUGGAUGCCUUGCCUGACCCCCCCGACACCUAUAACCCCAUUGGAUACACGAAACUCCUUCGGUUCACCUCUCAACGCCGCCCUUGCAAAAAGGAUGCUCUUCGCUGGAAGAGAUUCUAUUUCUGGGGUAUCAAGCACGAAUGGGGACGAACUUCGAUCGCCACGAUGGAGAUAGCCUUUCGAAAGCUCCUAUGGUACACUGCACCUCACCACCAACCCAGAGACUGGGAAGAUUGGGACGCAAUGCUUGGAGAUGCUGGGCCCCGAACGAUUGAUUAUACGAAAAUCCCUUGGAACAGGCCAAAUGCGACGCUCCGUGCCCAAGGGUUGCUUUAUACGCCUGUCAGUCGACAUUUCCCGACUGUUCCAGCCCCGAAUGCGCCUCGCCCAACGAACUUCCGCCGGCCAGCCAAUGCGCCAGCCCAUUGGUCUGAUGCAAUGGUGUACCAGAGUGAGCAGAUUGUCCGGCCAACCUUCAACUCCGCCCAAGCAAAGCCAUACCGUCGACGUCUGGAUGUCACGGCUGAUAGUGAUGAUGAUGGCGACGACGGACUUCCUGCCACAGCGGUCCAGCCUGUCUUGAUGGGCACCGGCCCACAUCAAGGUACUGUGCAGGAGGUGAAGGAAGCUGUUGAACGGGCAAUCAUGAAAGUUGCAUAUUCAGGCCUGGAGAGGCACCCAGAUGCUGCCCCGCGUGCACCACCUCGCGAGAAGACCGCCACAACACAGGCAGAUGUCUUACGCUCCGCAAUCUGCUCCACAAUGGCCAACUCGCAUGUCCGUCUUAGGGAGGAUGAAUUGGGUCAGCUAUUCAUUGACCGUGGCGGCGUCUCUUGGGCCCUGAAAGGUCGUGGGCCUGUUUACACCAACGACUCUUGCGUCAUUGACUGUAUCAUCACAGCCGGAAAAUUGCUCGACGCUGGAUCCACUAAUGCCGACCGCUCUGACGCCAGUUGGGACACUCGAAUGAACGGGCUGCAGCGAACAUUUAUUGAACUGAGCGACGCCAAUUGGGACUUGUGCUCCCCCGAAGCCGGUGCGCAAAUGAAAGGUGUUCUAUCACACAAGAUUCGGCAGUUUGUACCCCAGUUUGGGGAUCAAACCCCCGGCGCGGUCCCAUUGUUAUGGAAGAUGGUCGCCGAACACCUUGGACAGUUCGCCCUCAAACUCGACCAGACUAGCACGCCUUGCGGAUGCUCAGCCGCUCCAGGGAUGUCUGAAAUAAAACAGACCUGCUAUGUGGAGCCUCAAUUCGAACGGGAAGACGCAACUGGUGUAGCGAUGAAGACACUUUUUGAACGCAUAUUCCAGGCUACUCAGGCUUCUCGAUGCGGCGGCUGUGGCGAGAAUGGAGACGUGCAGGAAAGAAGCUUCUAUCCACUUCCCUUGCGUAUGGCUGUCACUCUUGACCCCCGAGUUUCGAUAAUCGACCAUACGAAGGAUAUCACGUUUGCAUACAGGCCGUGUGGGGAGGUGGCUGCUGAGACAUAUGCUACCUAUCGCUGGCUCGGUGGGAUUUAUCACAAUGGAGGGGGCGCCUACCGGGUUUUCUGGAACGACACGAAACGGGGAGAAGCAGAUCAUGGACGGAUCAGCCAGUACGAACCAACGCUCGAGGGAUUAAUCGUCUCAGAGGAGUUGGAAAGCCCGGCACCGCAGCAUCGAGUACCCCCGCAAUGGUGGCACAACAAAUCGGUCCCGUUGCUUUUCUAUGAACGCAUCAUGAACCCUGCAGAAGAUCUUCUAAAGGCAGCCAAGAAAACAAUCAAGGGUAUGUUGAAGGACAACGCUCUAGGUGUCCCAACACUCGUUAGCCAUGAGCCCUGGCACACCGCAGAGCACAUGAGGCCUAGCAGACUAGGCUAUCCAUGGCAGCCUCUUGCGGUGGCGCAGCCCCCUGAUGCUCAGCGCUUCCACCUGGCUGAUGCACCAUACGUCCCUGGCCAGGUUCAAGCAACAGCAGCGUCUCCUCGUGCCUCGUAUGCUCCACACUGGAAUAAUGAAUUUACUCUCCCGCCCUUGCGAUCGACCAAUCUUCUGAAUGCUGGGUGGUCGGACCCCUUCGCAUUACAGCAACAGGAUCAUUCUGUUCAACUACCACCAAUCCAACCAAGUCCGAACUCAACAACGAGGGAUAGUGUCGGUGCGAGCAGGUUCUCGUCAGCUGUAUACAACCCAGGGCUCGAUUCGCCAGCGCCUGGGAAUGAAUUCACGAACGAGGCAUCGGGAAAUGUAGACGAGGAUGUUGAUAUGGAGAUGUAGGGCGUUUCUCAGUCUAUCAAGUGCUGAUGGAGCGGAGCGUUGAACGGGGAUGGCAAACUGAUAAACUGAGGAGGUUUUUUUUGGAGUGUGGAGUUUUGGAGUCUAGACUUUAAGCUGGAUCUUGUGAGUUUAUUCUCAGUUUUGUUGUCUGGAGCCUCGGCUUGUAUGUAUUUAUUUCGCAUGUUUGUUUGAGCUGUUCUUCCUCUUUCACUCUCUCCUGUAUGAAUUCUUUAAUUCUUCCUGGGAAUCUACACCGUUGGACCUGGAAUAGGUGGCCUCUUCGCUAGGCAGCAACUUGGAGAGCACCAUAAUUCCAGAUCUGAUCAUAGAUAGCUUGAUUUAUUUCUGUGUUAUAAGCUUUAUAUUUUAGAAACAAAACGCCAGGAAACCAUAACAUGACCAUAAUCACAGUGCCUUCUUGCAUAUACCAACCCAUAAAAAUACUGAGGUAGUGCUAUAAUAUACCGCAUACAAGUGAAGAUAAGGAGGUUGUUUAGGAGCGGGCAAGCUCUCUUGAAAGUUUUUCGCAUCCUCUAGAGUAC